AUGCCCAACUUUCUCGACGAUUUGCUCAAUCCUGCCCCGGCUUCGGGCGCAGUGACGCCUCAUCUUGAAGACGGCGCGACCGACGACAUGGCAGAGGCCAUAUUUGCGCCGGAGUUCGAAGGCAGCGAACAACUUCCCGCGCCCGAUGAGGUGACAAAUGGAACUGCCAAUGGCACUGUUGACGAUGAAUCGCAGUAUCCUGUCGAAGGUCUCGAAGCGCAGCCCAUUGAUGGCCACGACGCAAUGGACAUUGACAGCCAGCAACAAGGCCAAACACCUGCCAAAUCGACGUCUCCGCAGGCAGAGAAGAAACCGAAAUCUCGAAAGAGGUAUGAUCCGGACAACGAUCCAAGAUCAACCGUGCAUUCGUCCAAAAAUGAGGGACAGCAUACCGAUAAGCGGUAUCUAUGCUACGUCUGCCACAAGUUAUUUACAAGACGUCGAUCCGUCAGAGAUCACAUGUCCAAGAUUCACGGGUCGAAAGCCUUCGAACCCACGAAGAGUCUGGAAAUCACAGUUGAUCCUGUCACUGCUCCCGAAAAACCAGCGAAACCUGCCAAACCUACUAAGAAAGCCACUGAGGAUGACGGAGACACCAGGCCCGUAGACGAUGGCGCCGAACCAGAAGAGAGUGCUGCACCAGACACGGAGAUGGACCUAGGCGACUUUCCGCAGGCACAAAGGAACACGUCCUGCGAGCCUGCCAAGAAGGAGACAAAGGGAGGUAAGACAGCGACUGCGGCUAUUAAAGCAGAAACUAUGCAGUCACCUCAACCUGUUGCAAGCAUUCCUCCGGCGACAACGGGGAAGAAGCGUCCAGCUCCAGAACCUACAAAGCCCCUGCCUGCAGCAAUGACGAAGAAGGGAACAGCGAAACCUAAGACAGGCGGUCAUGUUGCGAAGAAGCCUCGGCUGGCGGAAGUUGAUUCGACAUCUGACAGAAGCACGCCUUUACGAUCUCCAAGCGCUACGCCUAUGGCUGGAAGCCGACUGACUUCUUCGAAGCUCAAGAAGCAGCUCACUUCUUCUUCAUCUCCCGCAUCCUCACGAGUGGCUUCUGUCGAGCCCGAAUCACCUGCACCAUCUGCUGCAGAGACGCCUGGCAGCUCCAAUGACGAUGGAGAAGUAUUUUGUAUAUGUCGAAAGGGGGACAAUCACACCUGGAUGAUUGCAUGCGACGGUGUAUGCAAUGAAUGGUACCAUGGAAAAUGCGUCAACAUCAGAGAACGCGAUGGCGACCUAAUCGACAAGUACAUUUGUCCGGCAUGCACAAGGCCCGACUUUCUGACUACGUGGAAACGAAUGUGCCGGAGACAAGAUUGCCGUAAGCCUGCGAAAGUCUUCCAGGACCCGCCGAGCAAGUAUUGCAGCAAGGAGUGUGGGAGGAUGUUCUUCGUUGAGCUCCUUCGACGAGGUGAUCCAUACAUUGAGACCAUUAAGCAUGAUCAAUAUGUUGUUGAUUCUGCUAAGCCGAAGAAGCUGCGGAAAAGAAGAAAGCCCGAGAAAGCCGACAAACGACCAUUGCGAGCCACUGAUGCAAUGGAAGAAUCUGACAGCCGCCUAGCCACACCGGCCUACAGCGAAGAUGAGAAGAGCGAAUAUGAGACUGAUUCCAGUGCUGAUGAGGACGAUCUUGUCAACCGCGGUUUCAGCCUACGAGCCGCUGAGGUGCGAGCAGUGGCUGGUACGUGCAAGUCAGUGGAGGAAUGGCACAAUCUGGGCCGAAAGCCGGCGACGCCACCACCCGACGAAGCAACGGAGAAGGUCAACAUGUUGUUUGAUGAUUUCGAGCGACACAAACUUGGUGAGAUCGAGUUACAAAAGGCGGAAAAUGCUCGUCGGCUUGGCAUACUUGAAGCUCGAGAGAAGCUGCUGGAGGCUAUAAAGGUGCGUAGCACGGGCAUCACGGACGAGGUCAAGAAGACAAAUCCCAAGUGGAAAGAGAUUUGCGGGUUCGAUCCGCGGCUGGCGUGGAGUGAAGAUAUGUUUGUUGAGUGGUACGAGAAGAAAGGAGGCAAGGAGAUUCUCAGCGCAGAAAACCCACGAAUUGGACUGCCCGAGGUUACGCGGAAGCCAGCCAACGGUAAUGUUCAAGUCAACGGCGCCCAGGAUGAUAGCGACGCGGAAUCAGAUGAUGGCAAAGCUACUAAGAAAGGCGGAGUGUGCAUUCGGAAUCGCUGUACACGACAUCGCACCUGGGCGAAGUCUGCGCUGGCAGAGAUCAGGUUCGAGCAGGAUUUUGUUAAGCGCAGUGUCAGACAGACCGAAGAGCUGCAGAAGGGGCUUCACGAACGCGGUGUGCUUCGAGCGCUCGAGAUGCAGUGA